CUCGACCAAGUAAUCCUAAUCUUCCGCUACCUGAACGACAAGGACGUAUUUGAGGCAUACUAUAAGCAGCACCUUGCCAAGCGCCUCCUCCAUGCUCGCUCGAUGCCGUCUGACGCUGAGCGGUCUAUGCUAGCCAAACUCAAGAGCGAGUGUGGAUACCAAUUUACUACUAAACUCGAGGGUAUGUUCACUGACAUACGAUUUUCUAAGGACGCGAUGGACAAUCCCGGGUCCGAGGUACACGCCGUUGUGCGACCGACGAUCCUCGCCGUGGAUUUGGAUGUCACAACGCUCACGGCUGGCUACUGGCCCAUGCAGGCCACGAACACUUGUCGCCUCCCCGCAGCGGCACAGGCAGUAUGCGAGCCCUUCGAAAGCUUUUACCUAAAACAGCACACGGGCCGUAAGCUCACGUGGCUUACGAGCACUGGCUCCGCUGAAAUCCGCGCGACUUUCAGCCAGGCUGCCAAGCACGAACUCACAGUCUCGACAUACAUGAUGUGCAUCUUAGUACUCUUCAAUGACUUGGACCAUGGUGCGGAAAUUACCUUUGCGGCACUCGCCGCUCAGACUCAAAUCCCACGGAAUGAGCUCAAGCGCCACGUCGUCUCUCUCUGCACGCCGAAGCAUCGCGUCCUUCUCAAGAAGUCGAAGGGCAAGGGAGUCUCCGACGACGACGCUUUCAAGGUCAACAUCAAAUAUUCUUCUAAGCUGAAACGUGUCCGUGUGCCCCUUGUUGCCAUGAAGGAAGCUGGCGCGCACCCAGACUCGUCGGACAAGGUCCCCGCCGCUGUAGAAGAGGACCGACGCCACCUUUGCGAGGCAACUGUCGUGCGCAUAAUGAAAGCUCGUAAGCAUGCCAAGCACAAUGAUCUCAUCGCGGAGGUGACUCGCCAACUCAGCCAGCGCUUCUUCCCUCAACCUCAGUUUAUAAAAAAAUGCAUCGAGUCUCUCCUUGAGCGUGAGUAUCUCGAGCGCGACGCCAGCGACUCAAAAAUGUACAUCUAUAUGGCUUAAAAGCACACUGUCUUCGAUUGCCUCUUCGCAGUCUCCAGGACCCAAAGGAGGUGCCCUUCGACUGCGACCGCGACUGUCAGCCUGUCGAGCGAGCCUGUCGUAGCUGCGUAGAGUCGGAAGUAUGGUGACGUAAAACGGACAUUCAUGAGAAACCGAAGGGAACUCCAACGCGGGAAAUUCGACGCGUUCUACUAGUCCUAAGACCGACAGAGUACUAACACAGCGCCUAUUUCUUGUUGGUCCGUUUUGCGAAUCCACCCCUGCUCAUGAAGAGAACGACCACAUACUUGACCUAGAAAGUUAGGAUAGUUUACUACCUGGCAGUCACUCCUUCAGUUCGCUGCCUAUAAGACUUGAAACUGG